UGCAGUAAAGUCUUUAGAAAAUUUUAUCGAAUAAAAUCACGUAUUUCUCUCUCAAAGUAGACAAAAAUGGAGUACCACUGUGAUGUGUGCAACAUCUCUGUAAAUUCAGAGCAAAUCCUCGAGGACCAUUAUCGUGGGAAGAAGCAUCGUAAGAUGCAGGACCAACAUGGUGGUGCGGUGGGUGGCAAAGUAACUCGGACGCUUCGUGUUAAGAACUUCCCCCGAAUACCAUUCAUUGACAAUGAGCUGUGGGCGUACUUUGAGAGAUAUGGACCAGUCGAGGAUGUUUAUGUUGAAUACAGAUCAUUUAGCUAUGCCUUGGUGACCUUCAAGAAACCAGGGUCAGCCCACACAGCUCAGCAACAGAAGAGACACUGGCUUGGUGACUUCCUUCUUGAAGUGACCUUGAAGGAAGGCAGAGGUCAUGGAAAAGACGAUAUGGCAAAACUGAUGGAGAAGAAAUCGGAGCAAGAGGGACCAUCGUCUGCUACCGAUAUUGAUGAAAUGAAUCACAGGCUCCUUGAUGAAAAUGAAACGUUGGAUGACCAGAUCAAGCGCCUUGUGGAAGAGGUCCAGCUGAGCCCAGAAGAUAUAGAGUUAAGGAAGUCUGUUGUUGACAUGCUCCAGGGGGUCUUCUCAUUAUUCUUCCCAGGUUGUACGAUCCACCAGUUUGGGUCUUCGGUCAAUGGAUUUGGUAGCACCAACAGUGACAUGGACAUCUUUCUGGAUCUCAACCUCGAUAAACCCAUCAUGAAGGAACAGGCAACUAAACAACCCCAGGCGUAUCCCUAUGUUAAACAUAUUGAGUCAUUCCGGAACAUGAAAGGAUCAUUUAUGUCACGUGAUGAGUUAGAGAAGGUGCCGGUUCUCGACAAGGCGAAACUCAUUGCCAAGAUCUUGACGACUGCAGGGAAGGGCGUGUCUAAUGUCCUGACCAUCCCGAGCAACCGAUGCCCUCUGGUGAGAUUCGUGCACAACCCGACAGGAAAAAAGAUCGACCUCAGUUUGAAUAACAGGAUUGCGCUUGUGAAUACCAGCCUGAUCCAGUUCUACGUUGCAUAUGAGCGGAGAUUCCAGCCCCUGAUGCACACGAUCCGUUACUGGGCAAAGGUCAAGGAGAUCACGGGAAAUAUCAGUGCCGGACCUCGACUAACAAACUACGCACUCUCACUGCUGGUGAUCUUCUACUUAGAAAAUGUCAAACCCAAAGUGUUCCCAACUCCUGAAGAGCUUGCAAUGAUGUGUGCUGAUUCUGAUCGGAACCGGAUUGACAUGUGGGACUGCACCCUAAUGACAGACAAGGACAAGGUCCCCAAGUCAUCAAACACAAUGACUGUUUUGGAGCUCUUGACUGGAUUCUUCAAGUUCUACUCUGAGUUUGACUGUGUGAACAAUGUGAUCAGCGUUAGGACUGGAGUGGCCAUCCCGAUAGGUCGCAUCAGUCAACACUUGAGUGGAAGUGCCCUGACUAAUUUUAGAGUUGGUCCUUUCUGCAUCCAGGAUCCUUUUGUCCUUGAGCACAAUACAGCCCUGAAUGUUAAUGAGAGAACAUCCAAGAUGAUCUAUGAGGAAUUCCACAUUGCCUACCAGAAACUGAAAAACCCCUCGUUUGGCCAGAAAAGCGAAACACAAAGUUGGGGCCUUCCAUAUCUAUUCUCAAAGGAAAACAUUGAAGUCAGCAUGCCCAAGGCCCCAGUCAAGGCUGCAGAGUGCUUGAUCUCCAUUCCGAUGACCUUUGGAACAUGUCCAAAACUUUUCACGAUUGCCGCGUCCCAAGGCUUGGAUUUGAAUGAGUCAUGGUGCAUGUACGUUUGCAAAGCUGUCAAGUUCACACUAGAGAAGGUCUUGUCUGCAGACGUUAAGACGUUCAUGGACAAGACCUUGGAGUCUUUGGUGAUUGAUAUCCAGGCAGACGACAACAAGCAAAUGGAAGCGUCUGCUUCUGAGGAAAAUACUGAAGGAGGGGAGGGGUGCUCACAGGGGGAUGAAAAGGUUGAUUUGGGUUCUAAGCGAGGAGCCACAGAGGAUUUAGACUCGGACUCCAAGAAGAUCAAGACAGCAGAAGAGCAGGAGGCUUGUAAUGCACCAUCUGGUGGAAAGAAAGGAUUGUCACCCGCCCCGCCUGAGAAGUUACAGGAGUGGGAAGAAACAGAAGACUUGCUGAUGGUCUGCCAUGCGAGUGUCAAACAUAAAGUAUGGACAGAUCGCAAGCGCUUUAGUAAGAAUGUGCAAAAGCGUGGUGCGUCACCGAUAGUGUUCGAAGCGAAGGUCACAAAUGAGAUCAAAGAGUCUGGUGAGCAUAAAAUGUGGUCGCCGGUCUUGUUCACACUCGAGAUGUUUAAGGAUAUGAACCCUUGUCAGGUCAAUCUCUGCAUGAAGCUGGAGUCGCCUGAAAUGAGAGGAGACUUUAAUAUGUUGUUUGCUUUCUUGAAGCAGUUCAUACCUAAGGUUUUGGCCAAUGUCUAAGGCCUGUGGCUCAAAUUGUGCAUUGUUUACCAAGAGUGGAAGAAAACAUUGUUAGCUUCAGUUCUGGUGGAACUUUGGAGAACUGUGAGCAAAUAUUUAGACUGGUGUCAGUGGAGAGGCUGCCCGACAUUGUGUUCAUGGUGUAUUCACUCUGAAAAAAUUGCUAGUCUUCUUUUAUUGUUUAAUGUUGUAACAACAUUAUGAUGGGUUGGCGAUGGGCCAGGUAUUGGGUUGCAAGCUCCUGCUAGGGAAUAGGAAUGGUGAAAGUUGUUGUUCAUCUUUUGUGCUUGGCAAGUGUAAGUCCCGCUUUGUUUGUUCAGGAAGCCGAUGCCAGUUUAGUGAAUCACUGGCAACUGUUUGUUGUUUGGGACAUGUUUAUCAUCGACGGCUUUAACUGUGGGGCGAUUUCUCCAGCCUUAUCAGUUUGGUCUGCGAAAUAGUUGUUCUUUCUUGUAAAUUGGCCGAUUUUGUAAUAAAUGAU